AUGGCCUGUGAAACACCAAAGGAGGCUUGGGAUAAACUUAAAGAAGAGUUUCAAGGAACUGAAAGAACAAGGCAACAACAGCUACUAAACUUAAGAAGGGAUUUCGAAAAUCUCGAAAUGAAAGAGGAAGAAACUGUCAAGCAGUAUUCAGACCGAAUUAUAGCUGUAGUAAACAGCAUAAGGCUCCUUGGAGAGCAAUUCAGUGAAGCUAGAAUAGUUGAGAAAGUCAUGUCCACUUUACUAGAGAGGCUUAAGCCUGAUGCUGCUAGGAGUAGUGAUCAACCCUGCAGACACUGUAAAAGGGCUGGUCAUCCAGAAGAUAGAUGCUGGUUUAGACCAGAUACAGUAUGCCAACACUGGAAGAAGAAUGGCCAUGUUGAAAAGGUUUGCAAGAACAGAAGCAAACCAAGGCAGUAUCAAUUUCAGCAACUAAAGGCUGAAGCUCGAGUGGCUGAAGAAAGCAGUGAUCAAGAAGAACAGGUUUUUACUGUGUCAUGUGCAGCAAACCAAAAGAAGGGUUCAAAGGGCUGGCUUCUAGACAGUGGUUGCACAAACCAUAUGUCACCAGAUGCAACUAUCUUCAAGCCCUUAGACAAAACCAAGGUGAAAAUUGGAAAUGGUCAGUUCAUAAAUGCUGAAGGAAGAGGAGAUGUGCUGAUUUGUACCCCUACAGGUAGCAAAAUCAUUUCAAAUGUACUUUUGGUACCUGAAAUUGAUAGGAACCUUCUCAGUAUAACUCAAUUACUUGAGAAAGGUUACUCAGUUGUGUUCAAGGAGAAAUAA